UAAACAGAGAAACUAGAAACAACUCCGAAACCCAGGAGCCGCAAUCAAACCAAAACCCGGAAGGGCAGAAGUAGAAUUGGAGCAGGACAGCAAACAUUGGGAGAAAGAAACAAAACAAUGAGCAAGAACAUCUCUCUGAUUCUGAUGGGUUGCGGCGGCGUUGGGCGUCAGCUGCUCCAGCACAUUGUCUCCUGCCGAUCACUUCACGCCAAACAGGGAAUCCACCUGAGAGUAGUGGGAGUAAGCGACAGUAAAUCCUUACUCGUUGCAUCCGACGCUUUCACCAUGGAGCUGCCUGAUGACUUUUUAUUGGAAGUUUGCCGGGCCAAGUCGAAUGGCGCUUCUCUCUCCACGCUCAGUGGUUAUGGUGAGUUCCAGGUAUUUGCGAAUUCGGAAUCAACCAAAAAGAUUGUAGAUGUUGCUGCAUUCUUGGGUAAAUCAACAGGUUUGGCACUUGUCGAUUGCUCUGCCAGUUCUGAUACUAUUCCUUUACUAACCCAAGCGGUGGAUUUGGAUUGUUGCAUUGUCAUGGCAAAUAAGAAGCCUCUUACUUCAACAAUGGAGGACUAUGACAAAUUAGUUUCUCACCCACGUCACAUUCGUCAUGAGUCAACUGUUGGUGCUGGCCUCCCUGUCAUAGCAUCCUUAAAUCGCAUACUGUCAUCUGGAGAUCCUGUCCACCGCAUUAUCGGGAGUUUGAGUGGGACAUUGGGGUAUGUAAUGAGUGAGCUUGAAGGUGGAAAGCUACUAAGUCAAGUUGUUCGUUCUGCUAAAAACCUGGGUUACACUGAACCAGAUCCACGCGAUGACCUUAGUGGGAUGGAUGUUGCAAGAAAGGCUUUGAUACUAGCUAGGCUUCUUGGUCAGCGCAUUAACUUGGAUGACAUUAAGAUUGAGAGUUUGUAUCCUGAAGAAAUGGCACCUAGUGUAAUGUCUAUUGAAGACUUUCUGGGAAGUGGGCUAUUAUUGCUCGAUAAAAAUAUCCAAGAGAGAGUCUCUAAGGCUUCUUUGGAUGGGAAGGUGCUACGUUACGUCUGUGUGAUUGAGGACUCAAGUUGUGAAGUUGGCAUUCAAGAGCUUCCCAAGGAUUCUGCUUUAGGAAGGCUGAGAGGAAGUGACAAUGUGUUGGAGGUUUACAGUCGAUGCUAUAAAGACCAACCGCUGGUGAUUCAAGGAGCUGGAGCCGGCAAUGAUACUACAGCAGCUGGUGUCCUUGCUGAUAUCGUUGAUAUUCAGGAUUUAUUUCCUUGAACGCUUUUUCUGUACGUUACAUCGGAGAAACUCGAUGCAGAUACAUUGUUUAGUAUCUUUAUGAGGUUAUGCAUCUGGGAUUUUAGAGAUCUCACCUUCCAGAAUUUAGCGAUGCAUUUUGCUAAUAAUGGGGGACUGGUGAUUUAGCAAUGCAUUUGGCAGUUAAAAUCUUA